CGUGAGAUCUCUCUUUGGCCUCCCUCCCGUUGCGGCUCCGCCUCGCUCGUUGGACCUGAGCGCAACGGCGGCGACGAUGCAAUCUGCGGGUGGUAUGGAUCCGAGGCGAACACCGCCACCUCCUUCACAGGGCUGGGCGGCCGUGCGGUACCCGGCGCCAGCGUUGGUGAUGCAGCACCCUAUGAUUGCGCCGCCGCCGCCUCCCUUCGGACACGGAUUCGUGCCCUACUACCAGCCACCGACACCUCCUCCACUGCCUCCGCUGAAACCCAGCCGCCACCAGAAGUGCGGGGAUGCGGCGGCCGACGAGGAGAAACGGACGAUCUGGGUAGGGGACCUCCAGUAUUGGAUGGACGAGAACUACCUACACAGCUGCUUCGGCCACACCGGUGAGGUUGUCUCCAUAAAAGUUAUCCGCAAUAAGCAGACUGGACAAUCAGAGGGUUAUGGGUUUGUUGAGUUUCACUCACAUGUUACUGCUGAAAAAAUCCUUCAGGACUUCAGUAGUCAUUUUAUGCCGAACACAGAUCAGUUGUUCCGGUUAAAUUGGGCAUCAUUUAGCACGGGCGAUAAGCGUUCAGAUCUUGCUUCUGAUCACUCUAUUUUUGUAGGUGAUUUAGCUUCUGAUGUUACAGAUGCACUUCUGCUUGAAACCUUUUCUAUUAAAUACUCCUCAGUAAAAGGUGCAAAAGUUGUUGUUGAUGCAAAUACUGGGCGUUCAAGAGGUUAUGGAUUUGUAAGAUUUGGAGAUGAGAAUGAAAGGAAGCUUGCUAUCACUGAGAUGAAGGGUGUUUACUGUUCUACUAGGCCCAUGCGAAUUGGCCUUGCUACUCCUAGGAAGUCUUCUGGUGGUUUUAGAUCAAUUGGUUCACCUUCGGCUGGGUCCCAAUCAGAUGUAGAUUCGGAUAAUACAACAGUAUUUGUUGGAGGGCUGGAUCCAGAUAUCAGUGAAGAUGUUCUCAAAGAAACUUUUCUUCAAUAUGGGGAGAUAGUGUCAAUUAAAAUUCCUGCAGGAAAACAAUGUGGUUUUGUUCUUUUUGUUCGUAGAAGUGAUGCUGAAGAAGCAAUACAACAAUUAGAUGGUACGAUCAUUGGCAAGCAAACAGUUCGUCUAUCAUGGGGUCGCAUCCCUGCUAAUAAACAGUCAAGAGCUGAGAGGGGCAAAUGGUGGAAUGGUACCUAUUACAGGGGCCAAAUGUACGAAGGAUACAGCUUAGCUUCUCACUACCCAGGCAUGUACGCAAUUCCAUACGGGCCUUAUGGAUUUUACGGAAGCCAACAGCAAGUGAACUGAGGAGGCUUCCUGCAAUUUAAAGGCAGGGCAGGCAUAGGUGUAGUUGUGUUCAUCAGGUGUUACGCUAGUAAAAAACAAUCCCGCUGUGGUGGGUAAACUUAUAAACUAAGUUUGAACUUAUAGAUUCUUACAAAGAGAUUUUGUUCCAGGUGAUAACUAAAUUUAACUUCCACUUGCGUGGAAGUCUUGUGCCAAUUGAUAGAUAAUGUGUUAGUUCUGAGAACAUUAUUCCUGAAACAGUAACUAACAAAAUAUUUAAUACGCGGAAUCCUCCGUGAUCAGUUGAUCA